CGCUACAAGCUAUAUAAACAAUCCGGAGCGGAGGAGCGUUUUCCAGUUUGCGGACGUUCAAACGCAAAGGAUUCUUCGAACAAGAAUGAGUCGUAGUUGUGUUACUGUUACACUGUAAGUGUAAUAAUAGUCGUGAUAAAAAUUACCUUCGGCGACGUAGUGUGCGACCAAUUUGUCAUCAUGGCCACGGAAAGCAACAACCCAACUUUGGAUUCGUUUCCGAAACCGUUUGUAAGCGCGAUGCGCACGCUCUUCGAUAUUUUGGAUGAUAAUCGGACUGGUCUCAUUGAAUUAUCUGAGAUUGAGCGAAGAUGGGCUCCCAUACCUGCCAACAAGUCUAACCAAGUUCAACUGCCCGUAGGUGUGCUGGAGGCGCUCAGAAAACGUACGCCUAGCAGUGGACUCUUGAGUUUUGAGAAUUUCUGCUGUGGAUUAAAAGUCGCGUUACUUCAGGAUUCUAGUUCUGGAACGACGAAAAGUGUUAACAAUGUUCGCGCGUGCAAUAUUGAUCGUGAAUGUGGCCCUCCUAGUCCUAACCACGAGAGCAGACUCGAAAAUGGCCAUAAUGCAAACAAUAGUGACAAAUAUAACAAACUAGCUGAGAAAAAUUGUGAUAAACUGUUUAUGUCUGAGAAGGCACGAGACCAGAGUAGGGAAAGUGAGCGUCGAGAAAUCGACAAGAAGUUAGGACUAGUCGCAGAAGUGAAUCUCAGAAGUGACAAAAAUGUCAAACAAGAAAGGCCGCUUGUUAAACCCCUCGGCACAAGCGCGAAAUCCACCCAGCCUCCGAACAUGGCCACGGUCCGCCCGACGACCAUCAACUCGCACCCGCACCAUCGCAUGAGCAUGCCCGUGCUCGGAGAACGACGAGUUCCAGUUUACGAAAAAUUUCCCAAGUACAGUAGUUAUUUUAAUCUUCCACCCGGUAAGCAACCGCAAGCGCAGGAGGAACUGUACGGCAGAGUCACGCGCGCUAAUGCUGCCGACAAGCUGCAGAACUCGAUGAUAGACAUGACGAGCGAAAAGGCCGUUCUUCAACAGCCGAUAUAUGGCAUGAAUAGGAGGAACAUUGUGGACGUCCUCAAAUCCUGGCAGCAUGAGAAGAUGGUAGAGUCACACUCACUGGAACCAGCGUUGAGAGGUCCAGGCGAUGGCAACUCAGCGUCGCUGAAUGCUCAAGCUGCAGAGAAAGGUGGAACGAAAUCGGGCAAGGAGGAUGGAGACGUAACGUCCAAGAACAAGAGAAAUGACAGCAGAAGACACACACUGGCCAAUGGCAUAGACUACAGCAUGGUUAAGCGAAUGAAACAGCUUGAACAGGAGAAGGUGAUGCUCUUCCAGGGACUAGAGGCAAUAGAGAAGGCACGUGACUGGUACCACCUGCAGGUGGUAGACGUACAGGAGAGACAGAAACAGCUCGGAGCCACGGGUGCUGGUGAUUGCCUUUCUGAGUCAUACCAGGACAGGCUCAACUUUCAAUGGGCGCGCAUAUUGGAGAUAAACCAGCAUCUUGCAGCGCUCGUACAAAGUACAGACAAGGAUUUCCCGCAGCACAUGAAUCUGGCACUAAGAAAGACCCCACCUUCGAAGUCUGCAUCUAAUUCACUUAGCACGCCCUCGCCCAAUAAUAAGGCCAUCGCCUGCAUCAAGGAACAGAAUUCGCAGUUACUCAAGGAGGUGAAUGAUAAAGGUGAGAAGGUUGUGAAGCUGGAACGCGAGAAAGCAGAGCUGCUCAGACAACUCUUUGAAGCCAGGGGGCGCCACAGGGUAGGGAUGAACGAUUCGACCUUCAUGUGAUGUCAUUGAUGCCAAAACGUUUUCCAGUGUACAAUGUUUUUAUGGUCUGACCGUUUUAUAUUUACGAGAUUGUUAUCUAAUUAUAAUGCGGCCAUAUCUAAAUGUUGUAUCCCGAAUUGAAAAGCAAUUUUAAUGUGAUAUAUUGUCUAAAAUUGCACGUAUUGUAUGUUUCUUAGUGAACAGCCUUACCCCGACCUUUGGCAUAUCUGGGUCCAGUGUUCGUGACACAGAUAAAUCCUGUUUUGUUUAGUGUAUUUUUAUAACCUUAGUUAUCUUUCACUGCUAGCUGCUGCUAUGGGGUUGUGUUGAAGUUUACAUUGUGGCACUUGUGUUCAGAUGUAAAUUAUGAAAAGGUACGAAUCUACAUUUACGCUUGGAGAAUACGCUCCUGAAACAGCACCUACCUGAUCUGUGCCGAGGGAAACGCGUAUCAAUUCGAUUCCCUAGGAAUGUGUAUAUAGCUAAGAGAUGAUGAGUAAGAUCUGUCAUGCCGCAUGCAGAUAUACCGUAUAUCUUCACAUUACUAUCUUCACAUCUGCAUCUUUUAUGAGCUUACGUGAAUGCAAUUCUGAUUGGACACUGAUGUUAUGAGGAUGGAUAGGACACAAAUCUUAAGUGCCUUUAAUUUUUUGGAAACUUACAGAUCUGUGAGAUUUUUAAUUUAGUCAACCAUUUGGGCGUUUUUUAAUCGAAUACUAGAAUAUAUUUCGAAAUAGUGAGACUUGAAUUAGGCUACGUCAUCAUCUAAAUAAUUGGAAAAGAGAAUUUUUUUUAUGUAUGUGUGAUGAGAAAUGCUGGAAGGUCUGCUUAGAAGAAUCUGUACUAGGUAUCUCUAUCACUUAUCUGUACUGUGCUUUAAAAUGCUUUUAUAUUUUCUAGAAUUAGUUAUAUGUAUACAUAGAUAGCUCUUUUUUAUUGUAGUAUUCAUUUAUAUAGACAUGUUAUGCAUGUGACAACUGUUUUAAACACUUAACAAUGAAAUGUAACAGUCAAAUUCGUUUUAUAUAACUUUUAAUGUCAGUGAACAAUCAAAAAUAACCAUCGAAAUGUUGAUUAUUAGUGGAAAUUUGUUAUGGGCAAAUAUCAGCGAAUAAACGUUGUGUGAUAAUUUAAAUGUA